UGAAACGGACGCUACGAAAAACUACCACUAUGAACAUCGAGUUUUUGCAAUACAAAAUAUGCAUGACAUUUUCGUAUUCUAUACUUAGUCCACUAGUUACUGCCACCAUAAAGAGUGUAUUGUUAUUGGAAGCACUGGAAUCUUCUCUUGUAGGAUUACUGUAAUCGUGGGUUCUGACAUUGUCACGGUUAAUCAGCUGCAUACGGGACAGCAGUAGCCGAGACUACGACACAGUUAGUCACUUGCCAAACUUGGUGCUGAUUGGCAAUGAAGUCGCAAGCCAAUGUGGUUGAUUGACUCCUGUGGAACCAACUGAACACUAUAGGACGCUGAAAACAACUCAACACAAUGGUAUUAUCGAAAUGUAUCGCGAGAAAUCACGAGAACGUACCAACAAGACAACAAAAAUAAAUUUGUGGAAAACAAGCAGUGAAUUAUGGCGGCGUCGCUGGUACGCCGGGACAAGAAAUCUACUGCUGCCCAUUUAAAGGCAGAUCUCAAUUGGACUGAUAACAGCUCUGGUGUCCGACAACUUCAAGAGCUACUUGAUUCUGUUCUUAAUCCAGAAAAGCCAGCGGCAGACACAGAAGCCCUUGACUGGUGUAAAUGUCUAAUAGCAGGAGGAGAAGGUUUCGAAGAGUUCUGCAAAACGGUCCGGUCCUAUGACAACGCUACUUUAUGUGGCUUGGUUUGGACAGCCAAUUUUGUGGCAUACCGUUGUCGGACCUGUGGCAUAUCUCCUUGCAUGUCACUUUGUGCAGAAUGUUUUAAUAACGGCGAUCACACAGGGCAUGAUUUCAACAUGUUCAGGAGCCAGGCUGGUGGGGCCUGUGACUGUGGAGACAGUAAUGUCAUGCGAGAGACUGGAUUUUGCAAUCGGCAUCGGUUAAGAACCGGGGAGAAUGUCCCCUCAGUCCCCAAAGACUUACUACUGAUGUCAGAGAUGGUCCUACCUCGCUUCAUCAUCUGUGUCAUACAGUACCUAAGGGAUGGAUACACUGAACCAGACACAUCAACUGAGAGGGACCUACAGAAGGUCUUACAGCAGCUGGAACCCCAGAUCUCCUUCUUAGAAGAACUUACGAAGAUGGGUGGGGCAAUGAGAACUGUACUGACAAAGAUCCUAACAAAUCAGCAAAUAUUCAAGGACCUGAGCAUGGGUCAAGAGGAGAAUGUAUAUGCAAAAAAGAACUACGAGAAGUACCUGUCAGCGCUGAAGAACUCAGGCCUGGUGUCUGUGGAGGAGAAGGCCCAGUCUGGGGCUGCAGAGCCAACUCGCGGGGCUGAGGCAGGGGCUGGCGCAGGGGCGCUGGGUUUACUGGGAGCUGAAGCACCAGCCAGCCCUGAUGAGUCCAAUAAAGAGGAGGAUCAAGAUGGGGGGCAAUCGGUUGGACAGAGAAAGAGAGUUAAACUUAGUAGCACUGCCAAAGAUCCAUCCAUUAUGGACUCUCUGAAACACAAAUGUUUUCUGGAGGAGUUGCUGUUUUGGACAAUAAAGUAUGAGUUUCCUCAGAAGAUGGUUACUUUUCUACUGAACAUGCUGCCAGAUCAAGACUACAAGAUCACCUUCACGAAAACAUUUGUUCAACAUUAUGCAUUCAUUAUGAAGACACUGAUGAAAAGCCAGGAGUCAGAUACCAUGUCCAACCGCAUCGUACAUAUCAGUGUACAGCUGUUCAGCAAUGAGGAGCUAGCACGUCACGUCACCGAGGAGUGUCAACUCCUAGACAUCAUGGUCACUGUCCUCCUCUACAUGAUGGAGAGUUGCCUUAUCAAAAGUGAACUUCAAGAUGAAGAGAACAGCCGCCAUGUUGUGGUCAACUGCAGCGAGCCUCUGCUGAAGAACAACACUUACUGGCCUUUAGUUAGCGAUUUUAUUAAUAUUCUCUCACACCAAAGUGUAGCAAAAAAAUUCCUGGAGGACCACUCACUGCUCAUGCUGUGGAUGAGCUUUGUGUCCUUCUUUCAAGGUAUGAACUUAAAUAAGCGGGAGUUGAGUGAGCACGUGGAGUUCGAGUCCCAGACGUACUAUGCAGCUUUUGCAGCAGAGUUGGAGGCCUGCGCACAACCAAUGUGGGGUCUCCUCACACACUGCAAAGUCAAAGAGACACAGGAAUACACCAAGACGGUGGUGCGUUACUGCUUGGAGACUCUGCAGAUCUGGUUUGAUGCCAUUGGCUUUGUGGAUGAGCCUGCUCCAAAUCAAGUGACCUUUCACCUGCCACUGCACCGUUACUACGCCAUGUUCCUAAGCAAGGCAGUGAAGUGCCAGGGGCUUGACCUGGACAGUCUCCUCCCACACCAAGAGAUGCUCAUGAAGAUUAUGGUCCAUCCACUCCAGAUUCAGGCGAGCCUGUCAGAGAUUCACAGUAACAUGUGGGUAAGAAAUGGUCUCCAGAUCAAAGGACAGGCUAUGACCUACGUGCAGUCUCACUUCUGCAACUCCAUGAUCGAUCCAGACAUCUUUCUGCUCCAGGUGUGUGCAUCAAGGCUUGAUCCCGACUACUUCAUCUCUUCAGUGUUCGAGAGAUUCAAAGUGGUGGACCUCUUGACCAUGGCCUCUGUGCACCAGAAUGCAGUACUGGACGGUGAGCAGGAGAGGCCAAUGCUGGAGGGAGCCUUGACGUUUCUCGUCAUCUUGUCCAGUCUUCGCAUUCACUUAGGCAUGGCAGAUGAUGAGAUUCUCAGAGCCGAGAUGGUCUCCCAACUGUGCAUGAACGACCGCACCCACAGUUCACUGUUGGACCUCAUUCCUGAGAAUCCCAACCCCAAGAGUGGAAUCGUCCCAGGAAGCUGCAGCUUUGAGGAGAUGCUGUCUGCCGUGGCUGACUUCAAAGCCCCUGUGUUUGAACCUGGGGGUUCCAUGCAGCAGGGCAUGUACACACCUAAAGAGGAGGUGUGGGAGAAGGAGUUUGACCCCAUCAUGGUGGUUCUCAGAACAGUCUACCGUCGUGAUGUCCAGUCAGCAAUGGACAGAUACUCAGCAUUCUUGAAACAGUCUGGGAUGCACACGACAGGGAAUCCAUGGCCACCAUACAAAGAGAGGACUCCUCUGCACCCAUGUUACAAAGGCCUGGACAGGCUGUUGCACUGCAAGACUCUUCACAUUGUCAUCUUCACUCUGCUUUACAAGAUCUGGCUGGAUCACUCCAACAUGUCUGAGCAUGUUCUGUGCAUGGUGCUCUACCUGAUUGAGCUGGGCUUGGACAACCAGGUUCAAGAGGACAAGGAGGAUGAGGAGCCUUGCAUUGAGGAGCACUGCCAUGACAGCUGGUUCCCAGGCACCAACCUCCUGUCCAACCUGCACCAUGUCAUCAACUACGUGAGGGUGAGGGUGCCUGAGACUGCCCCCGAGGUGAAGAGGGAGAAAGAUCCCCCUCCCAGCACCAGCGCUGAGGCAGCCAACUUCGGUCAGAAUUCCAGGCGUCUGACAGGGAAUUGGAGAGAGAACGUCCGGGAGGCGCAGGUGUUCAGCCUGGUGGCGGAGCGCAGGAGGAAGUUCCAGGAGAUCAUCAACCGCAGCAGCACCGAGGCCAGCCAGGUGGUGAGGCCCAAGAGCAGCUCUACACGCUGGGUCCCGCCCGGCACGCCUCCCCAGCUGGUCACAGAGAUCCUGGAGAUCCGCGAGAGCAUGCUCUCCCUGCUCAUCAAGCUGCACCAGAAGCUGUCGGCCAAGCAGAACUCCCUGUCGGCCACUUGGCUGGAGGAUAUGGAAACCAACAGCCACGCCCACGGGGAUGGCAUCACCGCCAUCGAGCGCAUCCUCACCAAGGCGGCCACGCGCAGCCGCCAGAGCAAGCGCAGCAUCCAGGAGAUCUGUGGGAAGGUCUCUCCUCCCGUCGCUCCCAAGAAGAACAGCCCCACUGACAAGAAGACCAUGGACAAGGACGAGAGGCGUCAGAGGGCUCGAGAGAGACAGCAGAAGCUACUGGCUGAGUUUGCCUCCAGACAGAAGAGUUUCAUGGAAACGGCCAUGGAUGUCGAAUCCCCGGACGCUGAAGCAGCCAUGGACCUGGGUGCCUCGGUGGUGAUGGAGUCUGAGGUCCUCUAUGACUGUGUGAUCUGUGGCCAGAGUGGCCCUUCCACUGAGGACCGGCCCACUGGCCUGGUGGUUCUCCUUCAGGCAUCGUCAGUGCUGGGACACCGAUGCAAGAGUGACGAGACGAAGAAACUGCCUACCACUGACGAUGAGCACAUCUACCCAGCGGACACGUGCGGGGCGGCUCACGACGUCAGACUCGCUCUCAUGCAACGCUUCUUCAAAGAUAGUUCCUGUCUGCAGUCGGUCUCAAUAGGCUGGGAGGGGGGUGUGUAUGUGCAGACCUGUGGACACACCCUGCACAUAGACUGCCACAAGUCCUACAUGGUGUCUCUGCGGAAUGACCAGGUGCUGCAGGGCUUCUCUGUGGAUAAGGGCGAGUUCACCUGCCCGCUGUGCAGACAGUUUGCCAACAGUGUGCUGCCUUGCCGCCCGGGCCGGAGCACCGAGGUGGUCAGCUGGCACAUGCCCACCAACAAGAAGACCGCUGUGCUGGUGAAGGAGGUGGAGGACCUGCAGGAGCAGCUGGGGCUUUUCCCAGUAAGCACCACUACGGAGUCCAACCUGAGUAAAGAGAUGGAGUCUGUCAUCAAGGACAUCAAGAACACCACCCAGAGGAAGUACAUGGACUAUGGCAAGAACCCUGGUUCCCCUGACAACGACUUCCUCUUCAUGUACUCUGUGGCCAGGACAAACCUGGAGCUGGAGCUGGUGCACCGUGGAGGUAACCUGUGUUCUGGAGGAGCCAGUGCUGCAGCCAAGCGCUCCUGUCUCAAUCAGCUUUUCCAUGUGCUUGCCAUGCACAUGCGUCUGUACAGCAUUGAUUCUGCGUACAAUCCAUGGACCAGGUUGACCCAGGUGGCUCAGAGAAGAGACGACUGCCUGGAUGACGAGAGGCCAGAGGUCCCCAUGCUGUUCAGAGACUGCCCAUCCCUGCUCAUCAUCUUUGUGUUGACCAUGCCACAGCCACUACGCAAAGAACACUUCAUCUGUCUGGUGAGGAUGCUGUACAACCUGCAGUACACCCAGGCUCUGGCAUCUCUCUCAGCCAAGUUCAGCCCCGAGGAGAGGCAGGCCUGGAGCACGUCUGGAGCUCUCAAGAAGAAUGCUUUCGAUGCCGAGAAGUCCUAUGACGCUCUUCUCAGCCAUGUCAUCGGUGAGCUGUCCAAGGUGAAGACUGUGUAUGAUGUGAACGCUGAAGUGCCGUCUAUGCUGAGCUCCAGUGUGUGGUCCCCACACUCCAUAGAGUACAGCCUCCAGCAGUUCUGCCUGCCCUACCUCCGCCUCUCCUGUCUCCUGCAGCACCACCUCUAUGGGGACAAACUGUCAGGUUGCCCGGAGGUAGAGGAGUUCUCAGGCCUCGCCGGCUGUCUAGGGCUCCUGGCCCCAGCCCUUCAACCAUCCAACCCCAUCUACAGUGCCUCGUGUCUUGACUGGACGGUCAACGCUUUCGACCUGAUGACUCAAUGGUGCUCUGAGGUCACGGGGCUCUCUGACACUCAGGCAAAGAAAUCAAUAACCUUGCUUGUCCAGGAUCCACAGUGGGCGUCUCCCCACCUCCUCCACUUACCUGACCACUACAACAUCCUCUUCCAGUACUACCACAAGAAGGCCUGCACUGCCUGCAAAAAGGUGCCAAAGGACCCAGCACUCUGCCUCGUCUGUGGCACCUUCGUGUGCCUCAAAGGGCUGUGCUGCAAGCAGCAGGGGAUCUGUGAAUGUGUUUUGCACUCUCAACACUGUGGCGCAGCAACAGGCAUCUUCCUAUUGAUCAACGCCUCUGUCAUCAUCAUCAUCCGAGGGCAUCGCUUCUGCCUGUGGGGCUCUGUUUACCUGGAUGCCCAUGGAGAGGAGGACCGCGAUCUACGUCGUGGCAAGCCCCUGUUUCUGUGUGUGGAGAGGUAUAGAGUACUGCAGCAACAGUGGGUUUCGCACACCUUCGAUCACAUUAACAAGCGCUGGGGACCUCACUACAACGGACUGUAAGGUUACCUGAACCCACACCCUGAUGGAAAAGAAUCUCUUUGGCUUAUGUGUCUGCCUCUGUUAAACAUAUAGGAAUCUUAUCAUGUGAUAUAAGCAAAUAUGCAGUGAGUGUGUCACUGCCACAGCCUUGGAUUAUGUGGAGUUUGGUGUACAAUCAUGCCUCAAGACUAAGUGUGUGUGUGUGUGUGUGUGUGUGCGCGUGUGUUUUAUUUAAGUGCAUUUCAACAGGGAGAAACCUGAAAGCACAACUUUGCCCAGUUAGUUUGGAAGAUGUUUUGAAGGCAGGCAGUUUUUCUUCCACAAAAACAUGCUCAGAUUCGGGUGAAUAUUUGUACACUGAUUGGCUUACAUGUUGAGUUCGAACUACUCAAUAUUUGGAGUAUAUAGAAUGACAGAUUUGCCCCUGGUAAGGUUAAUGAUUAUCAUCUUUGUCACCAUGUACAAAUUGAUGCAUAUCCCUCAUUUUUUUGACUUUGUUUAAAGCUCUUGAUAAGUAUACAAAUUGUGUGCUCAGUGUGUGUGUUGGGACAUUCUGGUAGGUGACACAAGUCCACUCAUCAACAAAGAGUUUAUUGCAGUUAAGCAAAGGCAAUAAAAUAAAAUAAAAUCAUCCUCAGGUAUAAUUUCUUUGCUGCAGUUUAAAAUACCUUUUAAUAUUUUUAAUAAAUGUUGCUGCUCAUUGUUCAAAUAAGUAAUUUUACCUUUGUAAAGAUAAUUUUUGUUUUCAUUUUCUAAGAAAUUAAGGUUUUGUUUUUGGUAGAUGGCUGAUAACAGGUUGUUGAUUCUAGCUCGCUGCAAGGUUGAGGGAGACAGUCAUCUCUAUUGGUCUUUGCAGUCCUGCCUUUCACUACGCCUCCGGCCCGGGUCCCUGAGGAAACUCAAUGCCCACUCACCAGUCUGGCCACAGUAGAGUACAUAGAAAAGACUGUUGUGGAGUAUAUCUGUCCAAUGUAAUUGGCAUGCUUUUCCUAAAAUCUCCAUUGCUCAGAAUGUCAUGUGCAAUGGGAUUUUGCUAUAGUUAAUAUUUUUAUUUAAAAGUUAUUGUACUGAUAUGGCUUUCUUUAAGGGAAUGGGAAUCAUUUCAUCCUUUGUGCUGGUGAAGAAUUCUGCAGUUUUAGAGUACAGUUUCAUUUAUUCUUUUUGGCCUGAUUUUCACAUUUCCUUUUAGUCUCUCUGUAAAGUUAUGGUAAAUGUAUAUGGGCUCAUAAUGCAAGAUCCCAUCUUUAAAUAACCAUAGGUAAAGACAAAGUAUAAUAGCGUUAACCUUAACAAAUUUGUCAUUCAUGUAAUCCACACUUAUGGUCCAAUUAUAUAAUUUUCUAUACUUUGAAAUAACAGUUUAUUUGUAUGCUUUUGAUUGCCAAAAGUUAUAAGGACAACUAUUUCCCUAUGCCUACAUUUCUCCAAGUUUAAAUUAUUAUCUUGGGUCAUGGAUGCAUUCCAAUGUUAGACAUCAGACUUCAACCAUAAUACACAAUGUAUGCAUGACAUUGUUUUUUUCAGUCACACUUUUUGAGUUUUGGGUCUUAAAUGCUUUGUAAUUUCAACUAUGUCACCAACUGGAUGGGUAGAUGGCCUACUUAUCCACUUGUGCGUGCAAGAUAACUUUUAGUGAAAAACAGCACAUUCAAAUGCUUGGGUGAUUUUAUUCUGGUGAAAAGUAUUUUGUGAAUUGCUGGUCCACAUCGUGCUCGAAGGAGGAAUCUUUUAGGAAAUAUGUAUUUCCAUCCACGCAUGCUGCUUAUCUGUCUACUCUGAGUUUCCCUUCCCUCUUUUUUUCCCAGUCCCGACUUUGUAGCCUACAUGACUGCAACAAAAUAUCCAAUAAGUGAUGGGUGUACGUUCUAAUUGAAAGUUCUUUGUUCUCCUGUAUGAAUGAAAAUCAGAAGGUAUACAGUACAUUACUGUAGGUGCUGAUUCAGGCUUUCUGAGUUGGAUCAGAAGGUGUGACUUGGACAUUUAUUGCAAAAUGUAACAUAUGUUAAUAAAAUAUAAACACACUGA